AAUGUAAUAAUAACAAUGAUAAAAACAUCUCUAACCAUAUUUAUCUGCAGUGUUACUUAAAAAAAAAAAUUAAAAUAACAAUAGGUUUAAAAUAAUAAUAAAAUUCAAAUAAUUGGAGGGAAUGAAUAUUUGUCGAAAUUUAUUAAUUGGUGUUGCUAAACGACCUGUCAUUCGUCAUUUUACUGUCGCCCAAAUAGUAUUUCAUAAGGAAACUAAAAACAUGUCGGAUACAAAUAAAGAGGAAUUGCGAAAACGAUUGACUCCUAUACAGUGGCAUGUCACUCAAGAGAAAGGAACUGAAAGACCAUUCACAGGAUGUUACAAUAAAUUUUAUGAAAAAGGAACAUAUACGUGUAUUGUAUGCGAUCAGGAAUUAUUUUCAUCAGAAACAAAGUAUGACAGUGGGUGUGGCUGGCCAGCAUUCAACCAAGUUUUGGAUCAAGGAAAAGUCAAGUUGACCAAAGAUACCACAAAUGUUGGUGGCAAUCUACUAUUGCUGAUCGCAAACCCAGAUAUGGUGCGGACCGAGGUGACCUGUUCAAAAUGUGGAGCUCAUUUAGGCCACGUAUUCAACGAUGGCCCAAAACCGACAAGAACAAGAUUCUGCAUCAACUCCGCCUCUAUAAGCUUCCAUGAAGCCGGAGAAGCUAAAUCAAACAAGACGUAAUUUAUCAGCAUUUAUAUUUACAUAUUAUAUCAAGUAUAUUUGCACUUGAUCAGCUUAUUCUUUUUCUUCUAUAAAAUAAUUAAUCCCUCAUUCUGAAAGUUUAAAAUUUUUAUAAAUUUUUUACCAAUAUUCUGUGUCAAAAAUAUAAUCAAGUGCAAAUGAACUUUAUUGAAAUCAAUUACAUAAGUAACAGAUCUAUUUUAUUUUUUCAUCGACCAUUUUACGAUGCCAUAAUAGCAUGUAAAUAAUAAUUAUAAUUAUUAAUUGUAAGAAUAAUAAAAUCAUAAUUGUCGUAAAUGUA